AUGCCUCGGGGCCGGAAGAGCAAGCGCCGUGCCCGCGAGAGACGCCACCAGGCCCGGACGGAGACUCAGAGUCUCAAGGGUGCCCAGGCCACUGAGGCGGCGGCGGAGGCGGCGGCAGCGGCGGUGGCAGCAGAGAUAGAAGAGUCGCCCCCCUCCCCCGCUUCUGUUUCUCGGGGUACUCCCCCGAGCUCCCGUGCUGCUGGCGCUCGCCGGGAGCCUCAGGGAGCCCCAGCCACUAGCUCUCCUGAUGCAGGGGUUUCCUGCCCAGAUAAUGAAGAGGGUGCCCGGGCGAGCCAAGAUGAGGAAAGUGUAAGUACCUCCCAGGAAACACCUUCCACUCACAGCACUUGCAUAGAUCCUCUGUCCAGGAAGGCCAGCAAGUUGGUGGGGUUCCUGCUGGAGAAGUACAAGCUGAAGGCGCCCAUCCUGCAGGCAGCAAUGCUGAAGAUUUUCAGCAAGAAGUACAAGAAGCACUUCCCUGAGAUCCUCAGGAGAGCCUCUGAGCGCAUGGAGCUGGUCUUUGGCCUCGAGCUGAAGGAAGUCGACCCCAGCCGUCACUCCUACGCCCUCAUCAGCAAGCUGGCCCUCCCCAGCGAGGGAAGUCCGAGUGAUGAGUCGGGGCUGCCCACGUCCGGUCUCCUGAUGAUGCUCCUGGGCAUGAUCUUCAAGAAGGGCAACCGUGCCACCGAGGAGGAGACCUGGGAAUUCCUCAAUGCGUUGGGGUUGUAUGCUGGGAGGAGGCACUUGAUCUUUGGGGAGCCCAGGAGGCUCAUCAGCGAAGAGUUCGUGCAGCAGAAGUACCUGACGUACCGCCAGGUGCCCAACAGCGAUCCUCCGCGCUAUGAGUUCCUGUGGGGCCCGAGAGCACACGCUGAAACCAGCAAGAUGAAAGUGCUGGAGUUUGUGGCCAAGGUCGCUGGUACCGUCCCCAGUGCCGUCCCAGAUCUCUAUGAGGAGGCUCUGCAAGAUGAGGAAGAGAGAGCAGGAGUGGGAGCCGCGGCCAGGGCUGCAGCUGUGGCCGAGGGCAGUGCACUUCCAGGGCCAAGGCCCCGCAGCUCCUCCCACAUCUAG